AUGUUUAGCAUCUAUCUUUUCAGCACCAUGGAAAUUAAUUCUCCUGACCUAUCUAGUGAACUAGAUUUGAUUAAAAAACCUCUACAUCAAGAAAAAGACCUCAGAUACAAAGGGAAAAUUAUAAGUGAAACAGAAUUAGAAGCAUACUUCUUGCAAACUUUUAGAGAGGCAAACUAUGCAAGUAGUACCAGAAUUCCUCUCCCUGGUGACGGACCAACUAUUCAGUCAAACAGUUCAGCACCAUCCAAGCAAACUGUUCUAUCUUGGCAAGCUGCAAUUGAUGCUGCUAGACAAGCCAAGGCUGCCCAAACUAUGAGCACCACCACAGCCCAACCUGUAGGAUCUCUGUCCCAAAGAAAACGCCAGCAAUAUGCCAAGAGCAAAAAACAGGGUAAUACAUCUAACAGUCGGCCACCCCGUGCCCUUUUCUGUUUAUCCCUCAAUAACCCAAUACGAAGAGCCUGCAUUAGUCUAGUAGAAUGGAAACCAUUUGACAUAUUUAUACUACUGGCUAUUUUUGCCAAUUGUGUGGCCUUAGCUGUUUACAUCCCAUUCCCAGAAGAUGAUUCUAAUUCAACUAAUCAUAACUUGGAAAAAGUAGAAUAUGCCUUCCUGAUUAUUUUUACAAUUGAAACAUUUUUGAAGAUUAUAGCAUAUGGAUUAUUAUUACACCCCAAUGCAUACGUUAGAAAUGGAUGGAAUUUACUGGAUUUUGUAAUAGUAGUAGUAGGAUUGUUUAGUGUAAUUUUGGAACAAUUAACCAAAGAAACAGAAGGAGGUAGCCACUCAGGUGGCAAACCAGGUGGCUUUGAUGUCAAAGCCCUAAGAGCCUUUCGUGUGUUGCGACCUCUCCGGCUUGUAUCAGGAGUGCCCAGUUUACAAGUUGUCCUGAACUCCAUUAUAAAAGCCAUGGUUCCCCUGCUCCAUAUUGCCCUUUUGGUAUUGUUUGUAAUCAUAAUCUAUGCUAUUAUAGGAUUGGAACUUUUUAUUGGAAAAAUGCACAAAUCAUGUUUUCUUGUUGAUUCAGAUAUAUUAGUUGAAGAUGAUCCAGCACCUUGUGCAUUCUCAGGGAAUGGACGUCAGUGUGCCAUAAAUGGCACCGAAUGUAGGGGCGGCUGGGUCGGACCAAAUGGAGGCAUAACCAACUUUGACAAUUUUGCCUUUGCGAUGUUAACUGUGUUCCAGUGUAUAACCAUGGAAGGAUGGACUGAUGUGUUGUACUGGAUGAAUGAUGCUAUGGGAUUUGAAUUGCCAUGGGUGUAUUUUGUCAGUCUCGUCAUCUUUGGGUCAUUUUUCGUACUAAAUCUUGUUCUUGGUGUAUUGAGCGGGGAAUUUUCCAAGGAAAGAGAAAAAGCCAAAGCCCGAGGGGACUUUCAGAAGCUGCGUGAAAAGCAGCAGCUUGAAGAGGAUCUGAAGGGAUAUUUAGAUUGGAUUACACAGGCAGAAGACAUUGACCCUGAGAAUGAGGAGGAGGGUGAUGAAGAAGGCAAACGGAACACAAGCAUGCCGACAAGUGAAACUGAAUCUGUGAACACUGAGAAUGUCAGCGGAGAAGGAGAGAGCCCAGCAUGCUGUGGCAGUCUGUGUCAAACUAUCUCAAAAUCCAAGUUCAGUCGACGCUGGCGUCGCUGGAACCGAUUCAAUCGAAGAAAAUGUAGAGCUGCAGUAAAAUCUGUCUCGUUUUAUUGGCUCGUUAUUGUCUUGGUCUUUCUGAACACAUUAACUAUCUCUUCUGAGCAUUACAAUCAACCUGACUGGCUGACACAGAUCCAAGAUACUGCAAACAAAGUACUUCUGGCAUUAUUCACCUGUGAAAUGUUAAUAAAGAUGUACAGCUUGGGCCUACAGGCUUAUUUUGUAUCCCUCUUUAACCGUUUUGAUUGCUUCGUCGUUUGUGGUGGCAUUGUUGAAACCAUACUGGUGGAGUUGGAAAUUAUGUCACCCCUGGGAAUCUCAGUGUUUCGUUGUGUUCGUCUUCUACGUAUUUUUAAAGUGACAAGGCACUGGACAUCCCUGAGCAACUUGGUAGCAUCCUUGUUAAACUCAAUGAAGUCCAUUGCUUCACUGUUGCUUCUGCUUUUCCUCUUCAUCAUAAUCUUCUCAUUGCUUGGAAUGCAGCUGUUUGGAGGCAAAUUUAAUUUUGAUGAAACUCAAACAAAACGGAGCACCUUCGAUAAUUUUCCACAAGCUCUUUUAACUGUAUUCCAGAUUCUAACAGGUGAAGACUGGAAUGCUGUGAUGUAUGAUGGGAUUAUGGCAUAUGGUGGCCCAUCGUCAUCAGGAAUGGUCGUCUGUAUAUACUUCAUUAUCCUCUUCAUCUGUGGUAACUAUAUCUUGCUAAAUGUCUUUUUGGCCAUUGCUGUGGAUAACUUGGCAGAUGCGGAAAGCCUGAAUACAGCUCAGAAAGAAGAAGCAGAAGAAAAGCAGAGGAAAAAGAAUGCCAGAAAAGAGAGUCUGGAAAAUAAAAAAGGUGACAAAUCAGAAGGUGACCAAAAGAAGGCCAAGGAUAAUAAGGUUACAAUUGCUGAAUAUCGAGAAGGAGAAGAUGAGGACAAAGACCCCUAUCCACCUUGUGAUGUACCAGUAGGUGAAGAUGAGGAAGACGAGGAAGAUGAACCAGAGGUACCAGUUGGCCCACGUCCCAGAAGAAUAUCUGAACUAAAUAUGAAGGAGAAGAUAACACCGAUUCCUGAAGGGAGUGCCUUCUUCCUUUUCAGCAGUACCAACCCAAUUCGAGUGGGAUGCCACAGGCUGAUCAACCACCACAUCUUUACAAACCUCAUCCUUGUCUUCAUCAUGCUCAGCAGUGUUUCCCUAGCGGCGGAAGACCCAAUUCGCAGUCACUCUUUUCGAAAUAACAUACUUGGUUACUUUGACUAUGCUUUCACAGCCAUCUUUACUGUUGAAAUCCUGUUAAAGAUGACAGCUUUUGGAGCAUUCCUUCACAAAGGAUCUUUCUGCAGGAAUUAUUUCAAUUUGCUGGACUUGCUAGUUGUGGGUGUUUCUCUGGUGUCGUUUGGGAUUCAAUCAAGUGCUAUCUCAGUUGUGAAGAUUCUGAGAGUUUUAAGAGUCUUGAGGCCUCUAAGGGCAAUAAACAGAGCAAAAGGACUUAAGCAUGUUGUUCAGUGUGUCUUUGUUGCUAUUAGAACUAUUGGUAAUAUCAUGAUUGUCACAACUCUGCUCCAGUUCAUGUUCGCCUGUAUUGGUGUACAGCUUUUUAAGGGAAAAUUUUAUCGGUGCACUGACGAAGCGAAACAGAAUCCUGAGGAUUGCCGGGGAAUAUUCAUUGUUUAUAAAGAUGGAGAUGUUGAUAACCCAAUGGUCAGAGAAAGGGUUUGGCAAAACAGUGAUUUCAACUUCGACAAUGUUCUGUCUGCUAUGAUGGCCCUUUUUACUGUUUCUACCUUUGAAGGCUGGCCUGCGCUGCUAUACAAAGCAAUAGACUCAAAUGCAGAGAAUAUAGGCCCUGUAUACAACUACAGAGUGGAGAUUUCCAUCUUCUUCAUCAUCUACAUCAUCAUCAUUGCCUUCUUUAUGAUGAACAUAUUUGUUGGUUUUGUCAUUGUUACAUUCCAAGAACAGGGAGAACAAGAGUAUAAGAACUGUGAGCUGGACAAAAAUCAGCGUCAGUGUGUGGAAUAUGCCUUGAAGGCACGCCCUCUGCGUAGAUACAUUCCAAAAAAUCCAUACCAAUACAAGUUCUGGUAUAUGGUGAACUCCACUGGAUUUGAGUACAUCAUGUUUGUCCUCAUCAUGCUGAACACGCUUUGCUUGGCCAUGCAGCACUACGGACAGUCUAAGCUGUUUAAUGAUGCAAUGGACAUUCUGAAUAUGGUUUUCACAGGCGUAUUCACUGUUGAGAUGGUUUUGAAACUCAUUGCAUUCAAACCCAAGGGCUAUUUUAGUGAUGCCUGGAAUGCGUUUGACUCCCUCAUCGUUAUUGGCAGCAUAGUAGACGUCGUUCUCAGUGAAGCCGAUAACUCUGAAGACAGCGCUAGAAUCUCCAUCACUUUUUUCCGUCUCUUCCGAGUGAUGCGAUUGGUGAAGCUUCUCAGCAGGGGUGAAGGAAUCAGAACAUUGUUGUGGACAUUUAUUAAGUCAUUUCAGGCUCUGCCAUAUGUUGCUCUUCUGAUAGCUAUGCUGUUUUUCAUCUAUGCUGUUAUCGGAAUGCAGGUAUUUGGUAAAGUUGCCAUGAGGGACAAUAAUCAAAUUAACAGAAACAACAAUUUUCAGACUUUUCCCCAAGCAGUCCUGCUUCUGUUCAGGUGUGCAACUGGAGAAGCGUGGCAGGAAAUCAUGCUGGCUUGUUUGCCUGGAAAACGCUGUGAUCCAGAAUCUGAUUAUAGUCCAGGGGAAGAAUUCACAUGUGGAAGCAACUUUUCAAUUAUUUAUUUCAUCAGUUUUUACAUGCUUUGUGCAUUUUUGAUUAUCAAUCUGUUUGUGGCUGUCAUCAUGGACAACUUUGAUUAUUUGACACGUGACUGGUCUAUUCUGGGUCCACAUCAUUUGGAUGAAUUCAAAAGAAUAUGGUCAGAAUAUGAUCCUGAAGCAAAGGGAAGAAUAAAGCAUCUUGAUGUAGUUACGUUACUGCGACGCAUUCAGCCUCCCCUUGGUUUUGGCAAAUUAUGCCCCCACAGAGUGGCGUGCAAGAGGUUAGUAGCCAUGAACAUGCCACUGAACAGUGACGGAACAGUCAUGUUCAAUGCUACAUUAUUUGCCUUGGUUAGAACUGCACUGAAGAUCAAAACAGAAGGUAACCUAGAACAGGCAAAUGAAGAACUUAGAGCAGUUAUAAAGAAAAUCUGGAAGAAAACCAGCAUGAAGCUCCUUGAUCAAGUUGUCCCUCCAGCUGGCGAUGAUGAGGUAACCGUGGGGAAGUUCUAUGCCACCUUCCUGAUACAGGACUACUUUAGGAAAUUCAAGAAACGCAAAGAACAAGGACUGGUGGGGAAAUAUCCGGCGAAGAACACCACAAUCGCUCUACAGGCAGGACUAAGAACUCUUCAUGACAUUGGCCCUGAAAUUCGUCGAGCUAUAUCCUGUGACUUGCAAGAUGAUGAACCUGAAGAAAAUAAUCAUGAGGAAGAGGAAGACAUAUAUAAAAGGAAUGGUGCCCUGUUUGGAAACCAUAUAAAUCAUGUUAGCAGUGAUAGGAGAGAUUCGUUUCAACAAAUCAAUACCACACACCGUCCCCUGCAUGUCCAACGGCCUUCAAUUCCAUCUGCAAGUGAUACUGAGAAAAAUAUGUACCACCAGGCCUCAAAUUCUGUAUUCCAUAACCAUCAUAAUCACAACUCAAUAGGAAAGCAUGUUCCAAACUCAACAAAUGCCAAUCUCAAUAAUGCCAAUAUGUCCAAAGUUGCUAAUGGAAGGCACCCAAACAUUGGAAAUCAUGAACAUAGGUCCGAAAAUGGAUACCAUUCAUACUCCAGAGCUGAUCAUGACAGGCAUAGAAGAUCAAACAGUAAGAGAACACGCUAUUAUGAAACGUACAUUAGGUCAGACUCUGGUGAUGGGCAUCUACCAACUAUUUGCCGUGAAGAUCAUGAAGUUCGGGAUUACUGCAAUGAUGAUCAUUAUAUGGGAGAGCAGGAAUAUUUUAGCGGAGAAGAGUAUUAUGAAGAAGACUAUAUGUUGUCAGGAAGCAGGCAUACGUAUGAUUAUCACAACAGAUAUCACUGCAAUGACUUAGAUUUUGAGCGGCCAAAAGGUUACCAUCACCCACAUGGGUUUUUUGAGGAAGAUGAUUCACAGAUCUGUUAUGAUUCAAAAAGAUCUCCUAGGAGACGGUUGCUACCUCCAACACCUACAUCAAAUCGCCGCUCUUCCUUCAACUUUGAAUGCCUCCGCAGACAAAGCAGUCAAGAUGAGAUACCUCUCUCUCCUACUUUCCACCACCGCACUGCUUUACCGCUGCAUUUAAUGCAACAACAGGUCAUGGCAGUUGCAGGUCUUGAUUCCAGUAAAGCUCACAAACAUUCACCAAGUCGUUCAACACGUUCCUGGGCCACCCCACCAGCCACCCCACCCAACCGGGACCGUACUCCAUAUUAUACACCUCUAAUCCAAGUUGACAGGGCUGAAUCUACAGAGCAGAUGAAUGGCAGCCUACCUUCUUUGAACAGGAGCUCCUGGUAUACAGAUGACCCUGAUAUUUCCUACCGAACAUUCACACCAGCCAAUCUAACUGUACCUAAUGACUUUAGGCAUAAACAUAGUGACAAACAGAGAAGUGCAGACAGUUUGGUAGAAGCGGUACUUAUAUCUGAAGGUCUAGGGCGAUAUGCAAAGGACCCUAAAUUUGUUUCAGCUACUAAACAUGAGAUUGCUGAUGCUUGUGACAUGACUAUUGAUGAGAUGGAAAGCGCAGCAAGUAACCUUCUCAAUGGAAAUAUUAGCAAUGGGACCAAUGGGGAUAUGUUCCCCAUUUUAAGCAGGCAAGAUUAUGAACUUCAAGACUUUGGUCCUGGUUAUAGUGAUGAAGAACCAGACACUGGUAGAUAUGAAGAAGACUUAGCUGAUGAAAUGAUAUGCAUUACAACCUUAUAGUAUUUAGCAAGAAACAAAUAAAUAAUUUUUAAUAACAGAAAAAGUGCCUCAUAUUUCAAAGAUGAUAGGCACUAGUUGGAAUUAAUAACUAAUCAAGCUUUGUACAAGUGAUGUCACACCUUAAGGAAGCCAUAAUUUAUUUAUCAGUAAGUGUCUCCAGGUUGUUGAAAUGUGAUCAAAGCUGUAGUACGUCAAGUCCUUUAUCACAGAAUCUUCAUUUCCUCAGUAGGAAUAGAGUUAUGUAAAACCAAGCCGAUUCUGAAGAUCCCAUUUCCAGAGGACUAGAGAAGAGUUCUGAGGUGUAAUAUCUUGCCUGUCUUUCAAACUUGUGCUGCUGUCAUUCAUAGUGAAGCAGGGGUUUCUAAAUGAAAAAUGUGUGUAGGUCCAGCACAAAAAUAUGUGGUGAAGACCACUAUGUGAGACAGGUGAUGGCAAUCAAAAGUGUCAUUACCUCAGCAUUCAAUAGCAUAUCAAAUGUUCACUGCAUUCAGCAUAUCCAUUCUAAUAUUGUUUUCAAACUUGCCUCCUGAUUUAUUUUUCUUAACGCUCUUCUAAAAUAUGUCAAACUCUACCUACCAGAAAUCAUUGGAAAAAAGAACCUAAAAACAUUUCUGUCAUAUGUAACAUUAGUUUACAUAGGAAAAUAUCAUUCAGAUAGUCUGUUUUAUGACUAUCAUGUUAAGGGCAAAAUAUACUGGAAUAAUUGCAUUCUUACUAAUGCACUUGCAACCAGGUUAAAGUAGAAUUAGUUAAGAUAGUUUGUUAAAAAUUAUAUAGUAGAAAUUACUGUAAAUGAAUUGUAAUAUACAAUAAUUUGUAUUUGUAAAGAGAUGUUCUAUAUUUUGUAAUUAUUGUACCGUAAUUGAACUGCAGCAAUAUUUAUGAAACCUAAUUAUUGUAAUUCUCCGCAGAAUUCUAGAUAUAAGUAUUUUUACUUGGAAUAUAUAGAGCUAUAGGAUAAAUAUUUAACUAGAGCCACCACUCAAUGUAAAUCUCUUUUUGGGUAAAGUGUCAGGUUUAGAGAAACUUGACAAUAUUCAGAUUUUAUAAAAUAUUUUGAGUCAAUAAGAAUCUCUCUUUACAUAAGGGAUGCACAGAUGUCUAUUUUCAGUCUUAUAUUCAGAAAGUUAAAAGAAUGGAAAUUAUCUGCUAACUUUUUUGACUGACAAUAAGCUGUGAUCUUUUUAUUAUAAAUAUCCUCAAAUUAUAGAUAAAUACUAUAUUAAUUGAAAAAAUUGACCAAGUCUUCAUUGGUCUUGAGACAUUUAUAAUUUUAUCACAACUAAAUUGACCGAGUAGCCUAAUUCUAUAUUCGGAAUAUGGGGCAGAAAAAUUUUUGCAGUUGAAUGAAAAUGUCUUAAUUCCAAUCCUGUAUACUAAUUAUUCUGCUCAUAAUAAAAAAACAAGAUAAAAGGACCCUCCACAGAACCAAUCAGAUUCCCGAUAUGUAAAAAUACUACUUUAUUGCCUCUCCUCUUUUGCUGUUCUAUGGGCAGAUUAUAUACUUUAAAGGAUUUAUUUUUAUGCAAUUGAAAGAGGGCUUAGGUUUUGUUCAUGAUGCAGUAAAACCCUGAUAUGAAUUCCUGAUACAAAUACAAUUUGGGGGGGAAAUGUCAAAAUCUUCUAUUUUAUUAACACUGAAUAAAACUGACUUGCGCUGCCAAGUUACCUUAUCAGGGUUUACCUGUACUUAACAAGAUAGGUAGCAAUUCAGGUCACAUUUUUAAAAUGUGACAUAUAAAACAUGUCAAUAAACAUUUUGUACAUAAUGAAAGUUUGCUAUGGAUACCUUACAGACCUCUUCUUGAAUCAUUCUUAUUUCAAAUGCCAGGAUAAUAACUUAAGGGUUUGUAAAUUAUUUCUUGACCUACAUCAUUUUGUAUUAAAGCAAAUGCAAAAUGUUCUUCAGAAUAAAACCGUGUAAUAAUUUUA